UCUUUUUCUGAAUUGUAACAUAACGUAACAUUCCAAUCCUUGGAAGAGUUUUGGUUCACUUCACCAAACCACAGUGCUUCGAAUUCUCAGAUCCAACCAUAACAUAACUAACUCGACCGAGUCACCGAGUUGACUCAGCCAAUGCCAUCAUAGUCACAGUCACAGUCGGAGUCACCGCCAACUAGGGUCUCACGAUGCAAAACACGCCGUCAUCAUCGUCGAGCGCCACCGCAGAAGCCAUUCUGGAAUGGCUGCACAAGGAGAUGGGAUACCGGCCACUCGCCCACUACGCCGCCGGCAAGUCGCACUUGCCGUCGGUCGAGUCAAUCCGCAAGAUUUGCCGCGGGAACAUGAUUCCCGUCUGGAAUUUCCUCAUAACACGCGCCAAGUCCGAGAAGACGGUGCAGAACAUUCGCCGGAACAUCACCGUGCACGGCGGAGACGGCGACGGAGGUGUCGGUUCGGUGACCUCGGGGAAGGAGGAGGGGAGGGGGAAGGGCGGGAGGAAGAAGGAGAAGAUGUUGUCAGGAGAGGGUUCCGGUGCGGCGGAGACGAGGGAGAUUGCGUUGCAGGAGAGGGAUUUGGCGGCGAAGGAGGUGGAGAGGUUGAGGAAUGUUGUGAGGAGGCAGAGGAAGGAUUUGGGGGCUAGGAUGCUAGAGGUUUCCAGGGAGGAGGCUGAGAGAAAGAGAAUGCUUGAUGAACGAGCCAAUUACAGGCAUAAGCAAGUGAUAUUGGAGGCUUAUGAUCGGCAGUGCGAUGAAGCUGCAAAAAUAUUUGCUGAAUAUCAUAAACGUCUCUGUUAUUAUGUAAAUCAAGCAAGGGAUGCUCAAAGAUCGGGUGUGGACUCUUCCAUUGAAACAGUCAACAAUUUUAGUGCCAAAAGUGAGAAGGAAGCUGUUUAUUCUACAGUUAAGAGCAGUAAAUCUGCAGAUGACGUCAUUCUCAUUGAAACCACCAGGGAAAAGAAUAUUAGAAAGGCUUGUGAAUCUCUCGUAGCUUACAUGGUUGAAAAAAUACGGAGUUCUUUUCCUGCUUAUGAGGGAAGUGGCAUUCAUUUAAAUCUUCAGGCAGAAACAGCGAAGUUGGGGUUUGAUUUUGAUGGGCAAAUUCCAGAUGAGGUUAGAACUGUUAUUUUGAAUUGCCUAAAAAGUCCUCCCCAAUUGCUUCAGGCAAUUACUGCAUACACUAUUCGGCUGAAAAACCUAAUCUCCAGAGAAAUUGAAAAAAUUGAUGUUAGAGCUGAUGCAGAGACCUUGAGGUACAAAUAUGAAAAUAACAUAGUUAUGGAUGUUUCCUCUUCUGAUGGGAGCUCUCCUCUACAAUAUCAACUUUAUGGCAAUGGAAAGAUUGGGGUUGAUGUGCCUCCAGGAGGAAGUCAAAAUCAGCUUCUUGAAAGACAGAAAGCUCAUGUUCAGCAAUUUUUGGCUACUGAAGAUGCACUAAACAAGGCUGCAGAAGCAAGGGACUUGUGCGAAAAACUUAUGAAACGUCUGCAUGGUGGUGCUGAUGUGUCUUCGCGCUCCAUUGGUAUUGGAAGCACAUCCCAAAAUGUCGGAAGUCUUAGGCAACUCGAGCUAGAUGUUUGGGCCAAGGAAAGAGAAGUUGCUGGUUUAAAGGCAAGCUUAAAUACCUUAAUGUCUGAAAUACAACGCUUGAAUAAGUUGUGUGCUGAGAGGAAAGAAGCUGAAGAUUCUCUGAAAAAAAAGUGGAAAAAGAUUGAAGAGUUUGAUGCUCGUAGAUCAGAACUUGAGGCCAUAUAUACAGCACUCCUUAAAGCAAAUAUGGAUGCUGCUUCUUUUUGGAGUCAGCAACCAUUAACUGCAAGGGAGUAUGCUUCAAGCACUAUAAUUCCAGCAUGUGCUGUUGUCGUUGAGGCUUCAAAUAGCGCAAAGGAUUUUAUUGAGAAAGAAGUGUCUACCUUUUAUCGGAGUCCAGAUAAUAGCCUCUACAUGCUUCCUUCUUCCCCACAGGCACUGCUUGAGGCCAUGGGCGCCAGUGGAUCACCUGGACAGGAAGCAAUUGCAAAUGCAGAAAUAAAUGCAGCUAUUUUGACAGCAAAAGCUGGUGCACGGGAUCCGUCAGCAAUUCCAUCAAUAUGUCGUGUUUCAGCUGCACUUCAGUAUCCUUCUGGCUUGGAGGGUUCAGAUGCUGGUCUAGCAUCCGUGCUGGAGUCCCUGGAGUUUUGUUUGAAACUUCGUGGUUCUGAAGCUAGUGUGUUGGAAGAUUUAUUAAAGGCUAUCAAUCUUGUCCAUAUUAGACGGGAUCUUGUUCAAAGUGGCCAUGCCUUGUUGAGCCAUGCCUACUGUGUUCAACAGGAAUAUGAAAGGACGACAAGUUUUUCUUUGAAUUUGGCUAUGGAACAAGAGAAAAUUGUCAUGGAAAAAUGGUUGCCUGAGCUUAAGACAGCUGUUUUGAAUGCUCAGCAGAGCUUGGAAGAUUGCAAAUAUGUCAGGGGAUUGCUUGAUGAGUGGUGGGAGCAACCAGCAUCGACAGUUGUUGACUGGGUAACAGUGGAUGGGCAAAAUGUAGCUGCCUGGCAUAAUCAUGUGAAGCAGCUUCUUGCGUUUUAUGAUAAGGAGCUAUUGUGAAUAGAAUUAUUGAGCACCUGGAGUGAAUUUUUUAUUUUUUUUCCCCCUGAAGUCUCAUUUGCCUAAACAUUUCCCACCUCGCUGCCAACAUCAAAGACUUUUUAUUCUGCAGCCAGCGGCUACUUCAAGCACUGAGGUUGACUGGGAAUGUCUUUUGUGGUAAGUUUUUCUUUUGGGAUGCAAAUGUGGCAGCUGGUGUCUUUAUUGAUAGACGAAGACCUUAAGAACAAGAAAGAAACCUCUCCUCUACUUGAUUUUUACAGCCCCCAACCCCGCCUGUAUCUCUUCAGAAGUAUGAUAUGUAUGACAUGUCAUUUUAGAAUUUAGGUGGUGGGUCGGAUUGUUGUUUUUUACUGGAUGUGAUUAAUGGGAUUGAAUCUUCAAAUUGUAGAGUUUUGUAAUUUGAUUUAUUGUCUGGUAGCUAAUUGAAGCUGAAGGCCUUUUCAGCUUCAUUUUACUGCCGUCUGAUUUGAAUUGGGGUAUACACUUAGAGCCCUUAAAAAAGUAGAAUUUGCUGAGGUGAUGCGAGUGU